CUGAGGGUGAAAUCUGGAGUUUAUUGUUCCUGAGCUCAUACCUGAAUGAGACACUGGGUUUAUAUCAGAAAGCCAGCUGGACAUCUUUAACAGAACCAAACCACUAAGAUUAUGUGCGUUGAACAGCAUCAAAUUAAACGCUUGCUGGUCACCAAGCGCUGUCAUGGAUAGUUUACAAGAGCAGAAAUCGUCUGGCUGUCAUACAUUUACACAUUAUCUAAAACUGAGGGAUGAUUUUUUUUAUUGGUAUUGUGCAUUCAAGUACAUCAAUAACUAUGUUGGUGGGAAACAUGAGUCUGGAGUAUGGCAUACUGUGAAUGUGGUACAGGAAACAGCUUUUAUUUAUUUAAAUAACUUAUUACCAAUGUCACUUGAAGUUCAGAGUUGUCGAAACUUACUUACCCAGCCUCUUUGGAUUAAAGAUUCACAGUAUUUUGAUCUGCAAAGUCUACAGAGAUCCGACUACCAAUGGCACUUAGGUACAUCAAGAAAAACAGAACCUGAAGGGAUUCGUGCACGAAGUUUUAAGCCAAAGGUUUCUGCAUACAGAAGUACAAUAAACUGGGAUUUGGGUGAAAAAUCAAAGUCAGUCUCUUGUGUAUGCACAGAAAGUACUCCAGAAACAAAUCAAAAUUUCACUAGUUCACUGACAAACCUGUUGAAUCAACAACCAAGAGACUGGCUCAUUGAUGACUAUGAUUCGAAGCACAAAGAAUGGAGGCGAACAGAACAAAUUGUAAAAAAUAAAGAACCCUUCACAAGAACUUCUUUGUAUCGUGAACACUUUUCUCCAAAAGAAGCUGAUCAUGUCCAGCCAGUGAAACCAGUCCAUACACCCUUGAAAACUUUGGAGAAAUUCUCUGACACAUCUGUUUACACUCAUGAAUAUACACCGAAGCCAUUUGUAGUGGAUAACAAACGUCCCAAGUAUUUUAAGGUUCGUCUGCCUCUGGAGAUGAUUCCUUCACGGCCUGUGCAUAAGUCAAGUGCCGAAACUAUGGGGAAUUUCGUCGCAAAUAAAGAUAUGCUUAAAAAUACUACAUACAAAGAAGACUUUCAAAGAUACGUUUUGAUGAACAAAGAACCAGUUAUGUGCAGAAAAAUAGCACCUACAAUAAAAAUGUCAAAGGUCUUAAGGCCACCAUAUGAAAUCUUGGAGGCAAGUCCGACUUCAACUUCGAGUUACCGGAUGAAUUUUACUGAUUUUAUGAAAAGUCAUCAUUUAUCUGAUCAGUUACCAGCUGCUGGUUUAACAACUUCCGGUGGACCUAUUAAAAGUCAACGACAAACAUAUUCCUUUCAGCCCUUGAUAGCUAAAGAAUUAUCCAAGACUGAAGAGAGUUUAUCAAAACAACGUCAUUCAAGUGUUCAGUUGUCUCGCAGUCUUUACUUACCAGAUAUAGUUGAACAAAUUGAAAAUAGAUGGCCUUAUUUAGAACACAAAAAAGGAUGCUUUUAUUCAACUAAGCAAAUAGAAGGCAGCUUUUAG